UAACAUGGGAUGGGGGAAACGGCGGGGUGGCCCUUUGGAAGCCCAACCACAGCUUCAAAACCUAGUCAUAGAAUCCGCCAAACAGAAUCACAAAUGUUGAAAAGAAGACUAUUAACCUCACUGAUAUCUUCAACGCCGUUCCGCAAUGCAGCCGCAGUCCAGACGAAUGGGAGCUCCUGCUCCACGAUCCAGCAUUCCAUUUCCGCACUGGGUUGGUUCUCUGGCCACCAGAUUCUGAGGGCGUAUAGUCUUCUGAGCCUGAAUGACCUCCGGGACAACAAGGGCGCCCGCAAGCCCAACACCCGGAAAGGCCGUGGCAUAGGGUCAGGUAAGGGGAAGACUGCGGGUCGUGGACACAAGGGCCAGAAGGCACGCGGCACUAUGAAAUUCGGUUUUGAAGGAGGCCAGACCCCCCUCCGCCGCCGUCUCCCUAAGCGCGGAUUCAGUAAUCCCUUCUCUCUCACUUUUCAGCCAGUUGGCCUAGGGAAGGUAGCAAAGCUGAUAAAUGCAGGAAAGAUUGACUCAUCGGAGUUGAUAACUAUGAAAACCCUCAAGGACUCUGGAGCAGUGGGAAAACAAAUUGGAGAUGGUGUCAGAUUAAUGGGACGCGGAGCCGAAAAAAUUGAAUGGCCCGUUCAUUUUGAGGUUUCCAGGGUAACAGCUAGAGCAAAAGCAGCGGUGGAAGCUAAAGGCGGUUCAGUGAGGAAAGUGCACUACAACAAACUUGGUCUGCGUGCACUACUCAAACCUGAGUGGUUCGAGAAGAAGGGCAGAUUACUCCCAAGACCUGCAAGGCCGCCUCCUAAACUAAGAGACAAAGUUGAUAGUGUAGGGCGCCUUCCCGCUCCUACCAAGCCUAUCCCUUUUAUUACUCCUGAAGAGAAUGAUGAAGACGUGUCUCCAUCCCCUGCAUCCACUACCUGACAAUUUAACUUCUUUGUGGGAUUUUCAUAAUUUUGUAGAUCACCAAUACAGUUGAAAUACUAUUUUUUGUGGGAUUUUCAUAAUUUCUCAUUAGUACAAUAAUACCAGAUACACGUAGAGACAAAGACACAAUGUUUGAAUUGAAGCUUGUCAUCAAUAAGUUGUUAUUCCGUGGGAGGAGUCUAUGGUGGUGAGCACGGGUGCUCCCACAGCUAAAACACGCGUGAACAGCAGUAGCGUGAACCAUUUUUUUUUUUUUUGUUCCACUAGGAGGGUGAUGUAACUCGCAUGUAAGAAAUGUAACUUAUGUUGAUAAGAAAUGUAACUGCGGACAAGUCAAAAUGUAACUUGUCUAAUACGGAA